CCCCCGCCCCCGAGCCUCCGCCCCUUAGCCCCCGCCCCCAGCUGCCAGUCCCUAGCAGCUCAGUCCUGCAGUGAGAGUCUUGGGAGUCCAUAGCUAAGCACCAGGAGCUGAGCUGUACCCGCUGUGCCUGCCUACACAUCUCCGACAUGGCUCAGGAGAAAAUGGAGCUGGACUUUGAGCCUGACACAUCUGAUGGGGGCACCCUGAGGAGAUCCAACAGUGCUCCCCUGAUCCAUGGGCUCAGUGACCUUUCACAGGUCUUUGAGCCUUAUACUUUUAGAGCUCGGAGGAAUAGUGCUUCAAUUAUGAGCCAUCACAGCUCGGUAAGUAUCAGAUUGCUGUCAUCCUCACCUAAUCGUAUUCCUAAUAGCAGACUGCAUCAAAUCAAAAGGGAGGAAGGCCUGGGUAUUAUGAACAGAGAAACUGCACACGAAAGGGAAGUACAAGCGGCAAUGCAGAUAAGCCAGUCGUGGGAUGAGAGCCUGAGCCUGAGUGAUAGUGAUUUUGACAAGCAAGAGAAAUUGUAUUCUCCGAAGAGAAUUGACUUCACUCCAGUCUCUCCAGCACCUUCACCUACCCGAGGAUUUGGAAAGCAAUGCUUUUCACCAUCCUUACAGAUGUUUGUGAGUAGCAGCGGGUUGCCACCAAGUCCUGUUCCUAGUCCAAGACGAUUCUCAUGCAGGAGGAGCCAGAGCCCAGUUAAGUGCAUCAGGCCCAGUGUUCUUGGUCCUCUGAAGAGAAAAGGUGAAAUGGAGACGGAGAGCCAGCCCAAGAGACUCUUCCAAGGCACUACCAAUAUGCUGUCUCCAGAUGCUGCAAAAUUGUCUGAUCUCAGUUCAUGUUCUGAUGUGUUGGAUGGCAGUAGUAGCAGCAGUGGCUUGUCCUCAGACUCACUGGCUACAGGCAGCGCUUCCGCAGAGUCUUCAGUAGCAUGCACCAAUUCAUGUUCUUCGUUCAUCUUGAUGGAUGAUCUCUCACCCAAGUGACUUAACCAUUUCUGAUUCCGUAUUUGAAACUGCUGUUUCCUACACAGAACACUGAGUGAGGAACGCAGGGAACUUUGGUCCAUACUGUGGAUCAAAGUUUCAGAUUUCCACCAUUGUGGUGGUGGUAUGUUUGGGCAUCUCUAAAGUUCCACCUUGCAAAUGUGGUGAUCUUACUAACACCUGAUUUUGCUGAUCUGAUUUUGGAUCUGGUAACUGAACCUCAAAAACUCAUGUUUGAUUGCUUAGAGAAUAUAUUUUUCUUAGUGCCUCAAAGAGCACCUGUUUUCAAGUCUAGACAUUUGAAGAAGGCACUGAUGUGUAUUUUCUGUAAUGGUUCUCUUCCCCAGCAGUGAUAUGACAGAGUUGAUCAGAAAUUCUCUUGCUUGAGAGAUUUUUUUUUGUUCUCUGUUGACUACAUAGUUUUCAGUCACAUUGUUUCACAGUAAUACACAAAUUGCUUUGAUGAUAUAAUUUUUUUUCCUACAUCAGCUUCAAGUACAUUAUUUUGUUUCCCUUUCCUGUUUGAGCUGCUUCCUUGCCAUUUCUCACAGAGGUAAAGAAACACAUAGUUGCUUUUCAUUCCUACCUUGAUUGCUUCCUUGUGUUGGAGUGUAUGAAGUGAAGACUGGCUUUAGUGUUGAAAAUGUUCGUAACUUACAGGACGCCUGUCUUAGUCAUCCCAGGUUCUUAUGACUUUGCUGCCCCCGUUGCUAUUUCUCCCUGCAAAUCUGUUGCACUAAGGAAUAUAUAAAAUAUUGUUGAUAUUUCUAGGUGGUGUUAUCAAGGAGAAGAAAUUCCUGCCUUGACCAGAUGUGUGGAGCAUCUACAAAUGAAUGAAUAAUGUUAUUUACACACAAACCACUGUGUACAAAAGCAUCCACGGAGCUGUCAGUGUCUCGGGUGGUAUUUUGAGGCCUCAGGUUCCUUGGGGUACAUGGUUGUGCUGUCAGGGAUGUAUAUCCUGAGGUAGGGUGCAAAGGGGGCUUUAUGUGUGUGAUUGCCACAUACUGUUUCAGUCGCUGCUUUUUUCUGAUUCCUUUUUGUCAUUGGAUGUUUGUUUUGUCGUGUGGUGAUUGGUGUUUUGGUUAUUGUGUUGCCACCAGAUGGAAAGCCAGUUCUUGCUGUUACUGCAUUUUUAGUAAAGGCAGUUUAAUAUCUACAAAUAUGCUUUUAUGAGCUGAAAAAGUCAAUGUUGUUUUGUAUUCUGCUUUUAAGAAGCUGUUUGAACUGUAAACAGUAUACAUGCUAGUAGUAUGAGGUAUACCAUAAGUUACUAAUUUUUAAAAGAAGAAAUUUCUGAUUGAACUGUUUAAGAAAGCUGAGUGUAGUCUAUUGUCAUUUGUUAUUUAUUAAACUGCAUAAAGUGUGUGUUGUAAUAGGAUUCUUAAUGUUCAGCCAUCGUAGUUGGAUUGUCUGUAUCUAACAUGUGCAUUUACCUGCUAGGAUCAUUAAUAUUCCAUUUUUAAAUGAAUGUAAGGAAAUGAAUACUACUGCAUUUGUGUCUUUGAAGGGAAAGGCCCUUGGAUUUUAAAGGAAGAUGAUGUGCUUUGAAGGCACUAGACUAGUAAGAGUACCUGGCUGGAAGAGAAAACCAUUCUCUUUUGAUUAUUACAGAGCAUCGCUUAACUUGCAGUAGUUCUGUUACAGCAUCAGACAUGGUCUUUAUUUUCACUUGUAAUCACAGCCUUGGCAGCCGUUAAUGGCUUUAAAAUCCUCAAGUUGCUUUCACCUGUGCAAUACCUAGAAGCCCUCAAACCUAACAGAAACACAUCUAUUAUGAAUAUUGUCCCUUAGUAUGCCAUUUUAAAGAAAAAUUUCCUCCACGAUAUUCAGUGUAUCUAUUCUGUUUGUCAGAGAACCAUGUUAAGAUGUGUCUGCCUCUAAUGAUGAUAGAUGGUUUUGUCUUUCAGGAGAUUAUCCACCUUCACUCUGCUCUCUUCUUUGCCUUAAAGGGACACUUUGGGGCUCUAAUGUGGGGCUAUUAAGAAAUCACCUUUGUGAUGUGAUGAAUUUAUACUUUUUAAAUUCAGUGGUGGGAGAGAACUGUGGAAGGGAUUGAAAUUGUUCCAAUGAUAUGAGAACUAGGUGGCAAGAUGAUUCACUUUAUUGUUUGAACCAAGGUCUAUUUUGAGUUUUUAUUAUUUAAAUAGACUAGAAACUAAGUUUGUGCAGGGAUUGCUUUGAAAUAAGAGAAAUGCUAACCCACAGAUGAGCUUUAUUGAUAGUACCCCUUUAUUUUUAUAUAAAGUCUAAUAUUUGGAAAUUGAUCAUUGUUAUACUGUCAUAUUCUCUCUUCUAUUCUAAUAUAAAUUUCAGGCUUCUAUUUGAAAACAAGUAUAAGAGAUAAUACUAUUAAGAGAAUCCUAUCAAUACUGUUUUUGCUUGACCAACUUAUAUAAUAACUGUAUUUCAUAAUAACUGCUUUUGGAAUAAUACAAAGUUUUGUGAAAUGCUGGCCUUGUGUAUAUCUUAGAAUGCAAAUUUAAUAAAGUGUGUAAACAUGCAUUAAA